AUGGUAUCCUCUGUAUUCCAUGUAACUGAACACUCUGUCAAUGCGCAACAUAUCCGAGAGCAUCCCGCGGCGACAGCGGGAAGACAGGAAGAUGUUCUCCAGUUGGCCGUGAAACAAUACGUGCCUCGCAGUAACCCCAGCCCUAAACCGGGGGAUCUGAGUAUCAUCGGUGCCCAUGCGAAUGGGUUCCCGAAGGAGCUAUACGAGCCCCUCUGGGAGGAAAUAAGCCAUCGCUUGAAUGCGAAAGGAAUUGCGAUCCGCGGAAUUUGGAUCGCUGAUGUCGCCCAUCAAGGCCAGAGCGGCGUAGUAAAUGAAACCAAGCUCGGGAAUGACCCGUCGGCUUUGGAUCACGCUCGCGAUCUCUUGUUGAUGAUUAACGAGUUUCGUGAACAGCUGCCCAGACCUAUUGUCGGGAUUGGACACAGCGUGGGAGCAGUUCAGCUAAUUGCCCUGUCUAUGCUGCAUCCCCGGCUCCUCCAGUCCCUAGGCCUCAUUGAGCCCCCAAUGGCACCCAUCGCCAUCAGCCAGGGCGCCCUGGCCACGAUCAAAGCGUCCACGUUCCGGAGAGAUCUAUGGCCAUCUCGUGAAGCAGCCAGGGCGGCCAUGAUGCAGAACCCCUUUUACCGCCGUUGGGAUCCUCGGGUUUUCGACCGGUGGAUCAAACACGGGCUGCGCGAUACUCCUACUCCUCUCCAUACCCAGCCUGGGGCAGUGACGCUGACGACUACAAAGUCCCAAGAGGUUCUUACAUAUCUGCGUCCUUUUUACGAGAUACAGCGUGACAAACUCGCCUACCCCGAUCUCGACCCGAGCAGACUAGCUCCGGAUAGCGUCGGCUAUAACCCCGGCGUGGAUUUCGUGUGCCAGAGUCUACCGGCAUUGCGGCCGACGGCGCUUUACAUUAUCGGCGGCGCGAGUCACUUGGGGACGUCGGAGCUGCAGGAGCUGAGAUUGGAGCGCACAGGCACGGGGGUUGGGGGUAAUGGGGGAGCCCGGACUGGAGGGGUUGGCCAUGUCACUAUUCCCAAUGGCGGACAUCUCCUGCCGAUGGAGAUGGUCGAGCUUACUGCGAUGGCUGCUGUAGAGUGGUUAGGACAGCAGGUGCCGUCGAUGUUACAGAUGGAUGAGCAGUUCGAGAAACGCUGGGACAGUCUCACCGGGGUGGAAAAGUCGACGCUGGAUGGUCGGUGGUAUAAGAUGGCUCGCUCGAUUGCAGCAAAGUCCAAAGCACCGAAACUGUAA